AUGAAACGUCGUCAUUCAAGUAAUUCUCUACCAAAUCAAUCAGAAUUUGUUAAUAAUAAUAAUAUUUUAUUUAAUAAUCAACAAAUAACUGCAAAUAAUUUAGUACCUAAUUUUGUAUUUCCUCAAAAUUUGUUUUCUUCUCAAUUCUUGCCGCAACAAUUAAAUUCUGUUUUUAAUGGAUUUCAGAGUCCUAAAAAACCAUUUAAUGCCGAAAAUCCAUUAGAAGAAAGGAAAGCUCAAGAAGAAGCACUACAAAAACUUGGAAGUCUUUUAUUUGGAUGUAACAAUAAUUCUGAUUCUAAUACAAAUUUAAAUGAGGACGAGAGUGAGCAAAAUAUAAACAAUAAUGGAAAUAAUCUUUUGGAAUUAUUUACUUUAUUAUUAACCCAACAACAACAAUCCACAACAACAACAACAAUAAAUGAAAGUAGCAAUUCAGAAGAAACUUUAAAUAAUUUAAUUGGACAAUUAUUUAAUCAAACAGAAAAUAAUAAAAAUUUGAAAACAACAAAGAAUAAUAAUAAUAAUUUGGAAGAAAAUAAUUUAAAUUUAAUUGAAAACCAAAAUUGGCAAACAUCAGAAUCUUUAAGUGAAAAAAGUGAAGAAGGACCCCAAACUUCUAAAGAAACAAUAAAUGGAAAUAUUAAUCUAAUCAAAAAAUCUUCAAAUAAAUUUGCUAACAAUAAUAACAAUCAACAUCCAGCAAGCAGUGAAGCACCUUUAGAUUUAAGUAAUUCAAAUAAUUUAAUUUUACGUCCUCGACCUCGUUCAAAUUGUUCUUUUCAUUCUUCUGCCUCUUCAUUAUCUAAUACACCAGCAACAGCCCCUCCCUCAAAUAUAUUUAAUAAUUCAACAACAGAACAAUCAACAAAGUUUAAUUCUUCUCAAAAUUUGUCUGAUUCUCCUUCUUCAAUGUUUUUGUCGUUACAAGCACAAAAUCAACAAAAUUUAUUACCAUCAUUUCCCCCUCACCACCAUAUCAUUGAAGGCAUUCCCCCACAUACUACAACAACAACAAAUACUUUCCUCCAUCCAGCAGCUGCAUGGUUAUUUGGUCUUCCCCCACCACCACAAUUAAAUAGUUCUUUACCUCCUCAUUGUUCUCCUUCAUCUCCAAAAAGUCCUUCCCAAUUAAUUAAUAAUGUUUGUUCAGCAACAUCGUUGCAGCAAAAUUUACUUUCAUCAAUGUGCCAUCCACAAUCCUCACAAUCAUUGGCCGAUGAAGAUGAUGAUUGGGAACAAAUGAUGGAAAUUAGCUGUACAGAUGAAGCAGAAAAGAUACGUGAAUUGGCUGGGGACAAUGCCCAACCACCUACAGAUCCUAAUCAAUGCAUUAUUUGCCGUCGAGUACUUUCAUGUAAAUCUGCAUUGCAAAUGCAUUAUAGAACACAUACCGGUGAACGUCCCUUUAAAUGUCGAAUAUGUCAGCGUGCUUUCACAACUAAAGGCAACUUAAAGACACACAUGGGAGUACACAAAUCCAAAGCUCCUCUUCGACAACAUAUUUUUGCUUUGGGAAGUAAUUCUGACAGUCCAGAAAGAUGUCAUUCUUCUAAUGAAAAUUUAAUUAAUCCAGAUUUAUUUUCUGGACAACAACAACGUUUUUCGAUGGAAGAGGGUAGCCAGCCAUUAAAUAAUUUAAAUAGAAGUUUUCCUUUCCUGCCUUCAAUUCUUUUCUCAUCAUCAUCAUCAGCCAGUACUGGCAGAAACAAUUUAGUUUAUGGUUCUUCUCUCCCUCCACAUUCUAAUAUAAGCUCUCUUCCUCACUCUUUCCCUCCACACUUUCCUCCAACAACAUUUAUGUCUAAUUUUUCACAAAUCAACGGAAUACCUCCACCCUUUCCACUAUCAAUGGCAGCUGAUUCUUCACAGGCAGCACUUGCAGCACAAUUACAAUUAUUUUUAUCUUCAAAUCAUCCUCAAUUAAAUGAAAAUAAUUCUUCUGUUGAUCAUGGAUUAGCAUUAAGUAAUUUAUUUCUUCCUCCAAAAGAUGGACAAAAAAUGGAAGUCGAAAAUGGAAGAAUAAAAAAUGAAGAAAAAAAUAAAAUGGUAGGAGAGGAGGAGGAAGAGAAGAAUGAAGAAAUGACAUCUUCCUUUAACGUUUCUUCUCCAAAUAGAAAAAUAAGUGAUGAAAAUAGUAAUAAUAAUGAAGAUAACAACAAUAAUAAUACUUUUGGAUUACCGGCAUUUUUUAUUCAAAAAUUGGCAGCUGCUGCUAAAUUUAAAAUUGAAGAACAAUUUUUGUCUUCUUCCGCUAAUGUGAAAAGUUAUUUUAAAGAAGAUGGUGAUCAAGAGGAAGAAGAAGAUGGAAAGACAAAAAAGAAGAAGAAACGGAUAAAUAACGAUGAAAUCGAAGAAUUGGAGAUGAAAAAGUUUUCUAAAAAGGAGGAAGGAGAAGAGAAAAGGAAGGAUGGUGAAGAGGUUGAGGAAGAUAAAGGAAGAAUUGAGUCAUCAACUAGUCCUUCAAUGCUUGAAUCAGUUCCACAAACAUCCUUCUCUUCUUCUUCUUCGAUUAAAAUAAAAGAAGAAAUUAAAAAGGAGAAAGAGGAAAAUCCUUUAGAAAAUCUUCAACGAAUUUUUUCUGCUGCUGAUUCACCUCCACCACAACCCACCUCUUCUUCUGCUAUGCCCCCUUCUGCAGCCUGUUUUCUUUUGGCCCCAAUACAAAAACCUCCAAAUGCCAAACAUCAUUGUCGUUGGUGUAUGAAAGGAUUUAGUAGUUCAUCUGCAUUGCAGAUACAUACUCGAACACACACAGGCAAAUCUCUUUUAAUUAUAAACAAUCCAAAAAAUAUAUAUUUUUUAGGUGAUCGUCCAUAUAAAUGCGAAAUUUGUGAAAGGGCAUUUACUACACGUGGAAAUUUAAAAGUACAUAAAGGAACGCAUUCACUUCCACAAAAUCCUUCUCGUCGUGGCCGUCGAAUUUUUGAUAUGGAAGACACAAUUUUGGGAACAAUAAGGCAACAACAACCUCAUUUAUUCCCCCAAUCUCCUCCAUUACCUUCAAAUUUUGAUGAACAACAACAAAGACAACAACAACAAGCUGCCGCAGCAAUAGCUAAUUUAUUAGCAAAUGUUAUUGGAAAUAAUAAUUCUUUUGGAAUGUUGAAUGAAACAGCUACUAAUUCUAAUACUUCAAUUCCUGCUUUGCUUAACUCUUCUGCUAAUGUUUCGGUUUCAGAAACACCUUCAGCUUCAAAUCAAUUAUUAUCAACAACAACUUCCCCUCUAUUGUCAACUACAAAUGCUUCAAAUUUUGCUGCAGCAGCUGCCGCACAAUUAGCAGCACUUGGAAGUAAUGACGGCCAACAAUUGUUAAUGGGGUUAUUAUUUCAACAUUUACAAAAUGUUGAAAUGUCAGAAAGAAUUGAAGGUGAAAGAGAAGAAGGGGAGGAAGAAGAAGAAAAUGGAAGGGAAGAAAAUGAGAGGGAAGAGAUAAAAGAAAGAGGAGAAGAAGAAGAUUCUGUUAAUAAAACAACAGAGCCUCCUUCUGUAAUAAAAGAAAAUAAAUUAAAUAAUAAUGAACGGAUAGAGGAAUAUUUGAAAGAAAAUAUUAAAAAGAAAAAUCAUUCUAGUGAAAAUAAUAUUAUUGUUCCCGUGCAUAAUACAGCAAUUUUGUAG